UCUCUUUCUUCUCAGCUUGACGUUCCCUUCUGCAGAGAACACCAAGCUUUCAGAAAACCUCUAUUCUUUUUGUUAUUGGAUUCAGCGUAACAAAAACAUACCAAUUUAACGAUGCAGGCGAUCUCCCCUUCGUCUCCCCUCGUGUCUUUUAUACCGAUUCGGCGUCGCAUCACCCGAUUCGCUCCCAACAAACUCUUUGUUCAUUGUAUCUAUCGAUCGGAUUCUGUCUAUUUUCCCAAUGGUGUUGGCUCCAGUCGAGCCGACUGGCAGAGCUCUUGCGCUAUAUUAGCUAGCAAAGUUGCUGCUCAAGAGCAGCCUACUGAUAAAUCUGGUGAAGAUUAUGUCAACGAUGGCAGUACUGACCAUGUCGCUGCCAUCAAUGGUCAUAAGACCUCUAUGGAUCUUGAUUUAGUCCCUCUCAACAAAGACUCUAGUGAUGAUGGCAACUCCAAUAACAAUAAGCUGAUGAAGCCGUUGACUAUUACGGAUCUCUCACCAGCUCCUAUGCACGGCUCUCAUCUCCGUGUGGCUUAUCAAGGAGUUCCCGGGGCAUAUUCGGAGGCUGCAGCGGAGAGAGCUUAUCCAAAUUGUGAAGCUAUCCCCUGUGAUCAAUUUGAGGUGGCUUUCCAGGCAGUGGAGCUUUGGAUUGCAGAUCGUGCGGUUUUACCAAUUGAGAAUUCUCUGGGGGGAUCUAUUCAUAGAAAUUACGAUUUGCUUCUCCGCCAUCGCCUCCACAUUGUUGGUGAAGUACAAUUACCAGUCCACCAUUGUCUCUUAGCCCUUCCCGGCGUCCGCAAAGAGUACAUUACUCGAGUGAUCUCUCAUCCUCAAGCACUUGCACAAUGCGAGCUGACACUCACUAAACUCGGACUAAAUGCCGCUCGAGAGGCAGUAGACGACACGGCUGGAGCUGCAGAGUACAUAGCUACCAACAACCUUCGUGACACAGCAGCCAUAGCUAGCGCACGAGCAGCAGAGCUCUAUGGACUACAGAUACUGGCCGAUGGAAUCCACGACGACUCAAACAAUGUGACACGGUUCGUGAUGUUGGCCCGUGAGCCGAUAAUCCCGCGCACGGACCGACCAUUCAAGACGAGCAUCGUAUUCGCACACGAGCAAGGGACGAGCGUGCUUUUUAAAGUGCUAUCAGCUUUCGCGUUUCGUAACAUCAGCUUAACAAAGAUCGAAUCACGGCCACGCCGAAGCUGCCCUAUUAGGCUAGUAGACAAUGCAAAUAUCGGCACAGCAAAGCACUUCGAGUACAUGUUUUAUGUAGAUUUCGAAGCGUCAAUGGCAGAUGUUAGGGCACAAAACGCAUUGGCGGAGGUGCAAGAGUUCACGUCUUUCUUGAGGGUGUUGGGCAGCUAUCCAAUGGACAUGACCCCUUGGUGCCCAUCAAGCGGAGAUUAGCAAAACCCACCAAUAGAAAAUUCGAUUAAAAAAAAAAAAAACCUGAAAGUAUUAUUAUGUCUACAACAAAGGGUAAUUGAUAUUUUUUUUUAAAUUAUUUUUCAAUUGGGAAUUUUUAACUCAACAAUGGAAGUCUAUGUUGGGGUAAAUAUUAAAAUUAAAAACAGUUGUGACUGUAACGGGUAAGAAUGUGAAUACCAUUUGGCACUCAAUCCUUUCCUUGUACCUUUGUAUGCUAUGUAAUUUGAAGAGACCCUUGUAAGUAAAAGGGACAUGAAAAAAUGAAUAUAUCAUAAAACUUUUCCCA